AGUAUAUAUAUUUUAACUUCGUUCGAUGAUGAAAUAUCGUGUAGCUAUUUAGUCAGGUGCAAUAAUACUUACAGAAGCCCACUUCCGUUUUUUAUUCAAAAAAAAAAAGAAGGGACAUGGAAAUCUAAGAAAGAAAGAACCAAAGAAACCAGACUGAAGAAGUAAGAAUAAAAAGUAAUCUUAGAGCGAAUUUCGUGUGAUUUUAAGACAUAAAGAAGUGUUGUAAAUCAUCGAAUGAAGGAGCAAAGGAAGCUGAGAGUUUAAAUUUCAGACGAAUGGAGAGAUAACUCAACCUUUUAUUUUUCUCAUCAAAGCCAUGAAG